CUCCCUCGCACCUGUCUCUCUCACUCCGGCAACUCGAGAAGAAAAUCGUUGGCUGGGCGUCGGCAAAGGAUCUCAAAAAUCUCCACCUCCGGGAAGGCUCUCUCUCUCCUCCACCGGCGAAAUGAAGGAAGAAGAAGUGAAUCGAUGCCAGAUUCAAGAGUGGUACCCAAAAUUUAAAUCUGUCUCCAUUAGAACCCAAAUUCACGAACUUCCUGAAUCGUUUAUUCAAUACCUUCUUGACGAUUCUGGUCCCUUCCUUUUACCAGUUUCUAUUUAUAAUGAUGAUGCCCUACCCAAUAGAAUUCAUAACCCUGAAGAGGAGGAAGAUUAUCAGGUAUCAGAAGGAUCUGGAGAUGAGUCAGAACAAUCUUCGCCACCCCCAUCUUUCCCAGAACUUGAAUUGAAAAUUAAGGAAUCAAUUGAAUCCCUUGGUGGUGUAGUCUUCCCUAAGUUGAAUUGGAGUUCACCGAAAGAUUCUGCUUGGAUUAGCACUACUGGGAGCCUCCGAUGCGCUACAUUUAGCGAGAUUGCACUCUUGUUACGGUCAUCUGAAUCGUUGAUCCAUGAUUUAUGUCAUGCAUAUGAUUCAUGCAGUGACAAGUCCUCAUCAAGACCACAGAAUUUCUUCCUUGCGCUCCGCAAGUGGUACCCAUCUCUUAGGCCAGAGAUGGAAUUUCGUUGUUUUGUACGGGGUCAAAACCUAGUUGGAAUUUCCCAACGUGAGGUGACUACUUUUUAUCCUAUUCUUCUUGAGAAGAAAAUUGAUCUUGAGCGGUUGAUUCAGCAAUUUUACGAGGAUGAUGUGAGGCUGAAAUUUGAAUCGGAAAAUUACACAUUUGAUGUUUAUGUUACAAAGGAUGAGCGGAUUAAGGUGUUAGAUUUCAACCCUUGGGGUGCAUUUACAUUGCCGCUGUUGUUUGAUUGGGAGGAGUUAGAGCAGAACACUGGGGAAGAAGGCAAUAAUGUGGACUUCAGAAUUGUGGAGAGCCAGUGUGCUGUUAGGCCUGGUUUGAAGACAGCAGUGCCGUAUGAUUACUUGGACACUAGCACUGGAAGUGGCUGGGAUCAAUUUCUGAGGAAUGCUGAUAUGGAGUUGCAGCGGCAGACCAGGUCUUCUGAAGCAGGUGCUUGAGGUUUUGAUUGUCUUGAUUCAUGAGACUAGUGUUGUAGUUUCACAGGUGAUUUCAUAAAUACUCACUUUCAUGGGCAGACAGACUAUACUUGUAAUCAGGAUUCUUUGUUUUGUGUGUAGUAGCUCAAAAUACAGGAUUCUGCAUCUGCAAUCAUAAUAACAUAAUGAUCAUGAAUCUGAUUUUGGUGCAACUUCCAUUCUUGUUUUUUCUAUUAUGGAUUCAUGGUUGUUGCUGAAACGGUGUUUUAGAAUCUAUUU